AUUUCUUUGUACUUGCUUAUACCCAAUUAUAUACCAUCAAUAAUGGAGACGGUACGUAGGCGGCUCACGCCAGCACCAUCUCCCCUUCCCCACCACAAUCCCCCAAAAAUCCCCAAAUUAUCAAACUUUGCACGGAACUCAGACGACGUACUCUUCAAUUUCGAUCUUUAUCCAUCAUACGAACACCAACACCAUCAAUUAUACAACAAGACAUCCUUUUUAGGUUUCACUUUUUUUAGUUGUGUAUGUAUAAAUUACAUAUGUAUUGAUCUGGGUUUCAUAUAUGGAGGUCGUUGAGGUGUCGGGUGGUGUUAAACCCAUCAUCGUCGGCGGUGGUGUUGAGAGGGUAAAUUCCGAAAGGGAUCAGGUUCGUGUGAAGAGAAAAACCCUAGAGGCGGUUCUUGAUCAAUGCCAACGAGCUCUUGAAUUGCUUAGCACUACUGGUUGUAUUGAAGAUGAUGACGAAAGUGGUGAUGAAGUUGUUGAUGAUGGUGAUUCUGCCGGAACGAGCAGCGGCUGUCGUGGAUCUUAUCCGCAAUCGCAGGACGGCGAGGCUGAUUUGCUAUGCAGUCUACUGAAGUCGAGAGUUGAAUGCCCGGAUUUUCUUCAAAAACUAGAGAGCGCACAGGUGUCUGUUCCACAGGGUUUAGCAGAAGAAAAUAAUUCAUGGGACGUGGUGAGUGAAAAGGAUCUAUGGGAAGGUGGAAAUAUGGCGUCAGAUGAAGAUUAUGUGUUAGUGAGACAAGAUGAUAUCGUGGAUGGAAUUGCGUGCUUCAUGGCUGCAUAUCUGCUUUCCCUUAAAGAGACCAAGGAUUUGAGUCCAAAACAACUCCAGGAUGCCCUUUGCAAGACAUUCUCCAUGAAAAAACAAAAGGGAAAGCUUAGAAAGGCGUGGGAUGGGAGCAAAGUUAUCUACAACGUUGCAUCUUGGGGCGCAACAGCCAUCGGGAUAUACCAGAACCCGGCUAUUCUAAGGGCAGCUUCCGCAGCAUUCUGGACUUCAUGCAAUGUCAUAUCCAAGCUUUUCUGAUUCAUUGCGACUCUAACUUUCUUUCUUUCUUUCUUUCUUUCUUUCUUUGUUGGGUUUGGGUCUGUGUAAGUAAGUAAGUAAGUAUAUUAUCAUAUCGUAUCGUAUCGUAUCGCAAGUCAGUCAAUCUCCCCCUACUCUUAGGAUUCAUCACACACACAACUCUUGUAUAUAAUUCAUUUCAUUUGUGCUGCUUCAUCAAUCAUGCUCUUACUCUUCUCUUAUAAUUGAAAAUCCUUAUUCCUUUGUUUCUUCAAACUAUUAUUUAUUAUUGCCUUCAAAUCUUAUCGUCUUCUCCUUGUAAACUUCCAUGUCACUAGUCAAACACACGUGGCAACACCAUAUCAUCAAUUGGGUUACAAGUCAAGCUUUUCGACUUUCAUAACUUAGAAUUUUCAAAAUCAACUAAAUAAGAGAACAGUUCAAACAACUUUGAACAUUUAGCUGAACAAAUUUCGGAAAAAUGAAAAUGUGUGUUACAGGCCUGUUUAGCUUUAGGGAAAAACAAUGUCUUAUGUAUGUUACAAUCAAGCAUGUGUUUCCAUCCACGAUAUCAUCUCUUGCCUAAUUAAGAAUUAAGACGAUAUUCUUCUCCCGACACAAAUCUUCAUUGCCUAACUAACACAUAAAUUUCAUCCGACACGAUUAUUUCAUUGCCUAACUAAGGUUAUGUUCCACACCUAAGUUUUUGAAGGUUUUUAACUAUAAAAAAAAAAAAAAAGAAUCCUUUGGAAGUAUGAAUUUAAAUCUUUUAUUUUAAACAAAAAGUAAAUAUUCCAAAAGUUAUUAUAAAUAGU